CAAAUGUAGUAUCUAAAAGUAUUAAAGUUCGUGAUAUAAACAGGCGAAUGACUGGAUCGGAUUCACAGCUGUAUCAAAGUGACACUCGAGAAUUAAGGAAAUUGGAAAAUAAUACGGAUAUUGAUUCGAAUGAUGGUUCAGAUCCGAAGAAAAAUAAUGUUAGAGUUAAUGAAAUAAAUAUGCAAAUGCUGCCUGAAGCGCUACACCGCCAAUUGUUCAGGAAGGACGACAAAGAAGACGGUCUCUCCGAGGAGGAAGUUAACAGUGUGAAGAAAAAUUUAGGCACAUACGGUAUAAAUGUGGAGGACGCGACCAGAUUGCCGGACGUGAACUUGAGGCUACCAGCUUUAGAAGGAAAAGAUAUAGAGGAGCAUUUCUAUAAUAUUGGGAAAGCGCAAGCUAAGCCGUAUUUAAAAAUCAUAAGUGACAUUAUGAAGGACAUUCCCGAGAUGCCGAAGCAGUGGCUCUUCGAAGAAGGAUGGACCAGAUACACGGCGGACGGUACAGCAGAAAGAGUAGAUUAUCCGCUGGAAGACGGUGUAAUUUUCGACGUUGAAGUUUGCAUGAAACAAGGCCCUUUGCCUACUCUAGCUACUGCGGUCAGUAAUGAAGCCUGGUACGGUUGGGUGUCGAAUUCCUUGGCGCACAGCAUCAGUCAAACGUUUGACACACAGUUCGCACCAAGUAUGCUUGUUCCUAUGGAGAGUAACGGAGAGGAAUACGGAUCUAGACUUAAUCAGCAUCAGAAGAAACCAAAGAUUGUCGUAGGUCAUAAUGUGUCGUACGACAGAAGUAGAAUUAAGGAGCAGUACUGGCUGAAUUCCACGGGAACUCGUUUCCUCGACACCAUGUCGUUGCACGUGUGCGUCAGCGGUCUCAACAGCUACCAAAGAGCGCUAUUGUUGUCCAAAAAGGCAAACACGGAGAAGGAGAUCUGGCAGUCCACCACGUCGUUGAACAGCUUGAGAGAAGUGCAUAAGUUGUACUGUGGCCACGAGAUAAGUAAAGAGGCGAGAGAUUUAUUCGUCGAAGGUACUAUUGAAGAUAUUAAGAAUAAUUUCAAUAUGUUAAUGUCCUACUGUGCCUCUGAUGCAGUUGCCACUCACAAUAUACUACGCAAUCUAUUCCCGCUCUUUCAGGAGAGAUUCCCUCAUCCGGUUACGCUGGCCGGAAUGUUGGAACUCGGCUCGGCGUACUUGCCGGUGAAUUCUAAUUGGCAGAGAUACUUGGAGGAAUCGGAGUCGACGUUCGACGACUUGAACUACGAAGCGAAAUUCACUCUCGCCAAGAGGGCCGACGCUGUUUGCCAUCUCAUGCACGACGAGAAAUACAAGGAAGAUUUGUGGAUGUGGGAUCAAGAUUGGAGCACGCAGAAAAUUAAGAUGAAAAGCAAAGUUUCGAAAAUAAAGCCUGUUGACGUAGAAACAAAUGUAGCGAAAAAAGCGGAAGGGCAGUCAGACAUUAAGAAGUAUUUAUCGGACGACGAAGAAGAAGAGGAGGAUCCUUUGGCAAAGAAAUUCGCGUAUUUGGAGGAAACCAGGCAUUUGUUACCAGCUAGAAUGCCGCACAUGCCGGGAUAUCCAGCGUGGUAUAGGAAGCUCUGUCCCAAGCAAAACGAGGAAGACUGGGCACCAGGUCCGCAGAAUAUUAGCACUUCCAUGCAGGUGGUUCCGAAGCUGCUGAAUCUGACGUGGGAGAAGUAUCCGUUACAUUACAUAAAGGAUCACGGUUGGGGAAUUCUGGUGCCUUACAACGACGAUCCCAACAUCGAGACUGAACUGCCGUUGAAGAAUCUUUUGGCGCAGUGUCCUUUGCCAUCGUCCAGUCCGUCCAGGGACAUCGCCGACGACGCGAUGGCCACCUUGAGCACCGACGUGCAGAACGAUCUUCACAAGAUGGAAUUCUGGCGAUUUAAAAAGAAGCAGAACGAGUCGCACAACGAAACGUACAAGGGCACCGGCGUAUGGUGCAACGUCGAUCUCGACAAUUGCUGCUACUUUUUCAAGCUGCCGCACAAGAAUGGUGCCAAUUACAACGUCGGCAAUCCGCUCGCCAAGGACUUCCUCAACAAGUUCUCCGAGAAUGUACUUGCCGGCUUGGACGUCAGCGCCGCGGAGGUGCUGAAGAUCGCUCGUAUGCUGUCCUAUUGGCGUAACAAUCGCGACAGGAUCAUGUCGCAGAUGGUGAUAUGGCUAGACGAUCACUCUUUGUCCGGCAUUAUCAAGAGAACGAAGCGGCACACGCGUUACGGCGCGAUAAUACCUCAGGUGAUUGUUUCCGGUACCUUGACGCGUCGCGCCGUGGAGCCCACGUGGAUGACAGCGUCAAACGCGCACGUCGAACGAAUUGGCUCCGAGCUCAGAGGCAUGGUGCAAGCGCCGCCGGGAUACAACAUCGUCGGCGCCGACGUGGACAGUCAGGAAUUGUGGAUCGCCUCGAUCAUCGGAGAUGCGUACUACAAGCGUAUUCACGGAGCGACGCCUUUCGGCUGGAUGACCCUCAUCGGUACCAAGUCCAACGGCACCGACAUGCACAGCGUCACUGCCAAGGCCAUCGGCAUCUCGCGCGAUCACGCCAAAGUCAUCAACUACGCCCGCAUCUACGGUGCCGGCCAGAAGUUUGCCCAACGACUGCUGAAACAGUUCAAUCCGUCUAUGACGGACACCGAGGCCACUUCUAAGUCACGCAAGAUGUUUGCUCUUACCAAGGGUAAGAAGAAAUUUCGAUUGAAGGCUGAAUUCGUCAACGAUGACUUGGAGGAUAUUCCCUACACUUCCUCUCAGGCAUAUCAGUUAGCGAAGGCGUACGGCAAAGGGUUACAGGACAUUUUCCAGAAGAGCGAGUGGACAGGCGGCUCGGAAUCAGCUAUGUUCAACCGAUUGGAACAGAUCGCCGGUAGUCAAUAUCCAGUCACGCCGUUCCUCAACGCCAGAUUGAGCCGCGCCCUGGAGAUCACCAAUACCGACAAUGACGACAAGUUCUUGCCCACCAAAAUUAAUUGGGUGGUGCAGAGUGGCGCGGUAGACUUCCUUCACCUGAUGCUGGUCUCCAUGAGAUGGCUAAUGAGAGAUAACGCUAGAUUCUGCCUGUCGUUUCACGAUGAAGUGAGAUAUCUGAUCCCAUCCAGGUACAAGUACAACGCUGCGCUGGCCAUGCACGUGACCAACUUGAUGACGAGAUCGUUCUGCGCUUCUAGACUAGGCAUGAGAGAUUUGCCGAUGUCGGUAGCGUUCUUUGCUGCCGUGGAAGUCGAUACUGUCCUUCGCAAAGAGUCCACACACGAUUGCAAGACCCCGUCGAAUCCUCACGGCUUACAAAACGGAUACGAAGUACCACCUGGGGAAAGUUUAGAUGUCUGGGCCACCUUGGAAAAAUCCGGCGGUUCGCUAGGCUAUUGGCACGAUGCGAAAAGUCGCAAAGUUAAAUCAGACGCGGAUCUCACCGCUGAAAAAUCGCCGCGGUCUUUCAAAAAGCUACUUAAACGGAAAUUAUAAAACCCAUUUCGUAUCGCGAUUUUCAAAAAUAUCACGAUGUCGUCUGCAACGAAGCGUAAAUACGUUUUUCAAGAACUCGACGAUAUGACCCUUCCCACGGAUUCACAAAGCAUCGUACGA